AUGAAAAACUGGUUGAAAAUCUGUAUAAUGGCACCUAUUUCAUUGCAGAUUAAUGGCAUCACCCUACUGAUUAUAAACAUGGACAAGAGUACGACAAUCAGUGCAGCAGUUGAGUUUUACGAUGAACAAUUGCAAGCGUAUAAAAAAAGUUACAAAAGAGAAGAAUACCACCUGACCCCAUUAAACGGGGACGUACAAAGCCAGACCGUUUUGCUUAACAAUAAACAACUAACUGUUGGGCGUUCUGGAGACAUACCUGCCUUGGAACCUAAUUUUGUAUUGGCAACAGAGCCCAUACAAGUUGAGCCUUAUUCCAUAGUAUUCGUUCGCAUGCCGUAUGUAAACAUACCUGCAUGCCGCUGGAAGCACGAAUAA